GUGUGUGUGUAUAGACAGACAGUGGUUCCUGAUGUGUUAAAGCUGUGUAGGUGAGAGUGUGUCAGGUUGUAGCUCAGAAAUUCUUCGCCACAGCUUUUUGGGCAGUAGCUUCAAUGGCGGGGAAGGUGGUCUCAGGUGCAGUGGGCCUGGCUGGCCUGGUUGUCAGGGGGGCACCGAUGGCCGAUGGCAUGCUGUCGGAAAACCUCUCCAAAUUAAGCUUGAGCAGUGGGUCUCCGUCCCAAGAUGAGGAGCCAAACCAGCAGGAGUCAAACCAGGAGAAGCGAGGGACUGAAGAUAAAGACUCUUCUGGUGGCCUGGUUGUCAGGGGGGCACCGAUGGCCGAUGGCAUGCUGUCGGAAAACCUCUCCAAAUUAAGCUUGAGCAGUGGGUCUCCGUCCCAAGAUGAGGAGCCAAACCAGCAGGAGUCAAACCAGGAGAAGCGAGGGACUGAAGAUAAAGACUCUUCUGGUGGCCUGGUUGUCAGGGGGGCACCGAUGGCCGAUGGCAUGCUGUCGGAAAACCUCUCCAAAUUAAGCUUGAGCAGUGGGUCUCCGUCCCAAGAUGAGGAGCCAAACCAGCAGAAGCGAGGGCAUGAAGAAAUCAGUAGCUCUUCUAAAUUGGCUAACAAAGUCAACGCUGGAGGUGCCGGCCGAUACAAAGAUUUGAUAAACAGAAGAUUGCAUGAGAGAGAUGAUUGCUUUAAAGGCUGCAUGGAGGCAGAUCACAUCCCACCGGUGGACUCUUGGGAGACGGUCAGACAGCAUCCUGAGUUUGAUUCUCUGAAAUAUAUUAACCCGGCUCUCUAUGAGAUGGCGUGCAGCUUGGAAAAUGACCGGAAAGGACGCAACUUGCUCGCCAUCGAGGUGCCGACGCAGUGCCACAGGGUCAACCUCACCACCGGCAACAGCACAGAAUCCCGAAGCGUAAGGGCUCUGCUGGCUGACUACAUCGCUCGAGGAGAGGCGGAGAGGAUGCUGAAGCUCGCCUUCAUCGUGGCUCAUCCUCACACUUCCAAUAAAAUACGAAAGGAUGCAGGUCUUCCCAAGAAAGAGUUCAAGAAAAAGUGCAAGAAAGACUGUGAGAAAGACUGUGAGAAAGAGUGCGGGGUGAUCAUUGAGUUUACAAAAGAACGAAUCAGGAAGAUCUACAAGAAGGGUUUCCUGGAGCUGCUGGAGCUCUACCACGAGAAGAAGGUCAUCAACCAAGAAGAGCUGGAACGCCUCACAGAGUUCGUGGAGAGCGACAGGUUUCUCCAGAGAGAAUCGGACGAGUAUCAAGAAAUACUCACAAAUGUCUUGGAAUGCUUGGAGCGCAGAAACCAGAGCUAA